CCUACUCUAGCUGAUGUGAUCAUGGAAAGCACCAAGGAAUGGAAUCAUGAACCUGAUCAUGGAGAGCUUGUAGCUGUUGAAGAACCUACACUUGAAGAAUGUCUGAGCCGAAAUAAAGCUUCUAUCAUCAAAGACAACUCGAUCUACAUUCAAGCUACUCUACAUUCAAGCUGAUCAUCAUCUAGGCAAGUAGCUUGUGUGUACUCUUUUUCCCUUGAUUGAUUUUGUCCCACUGGGUUUUCCAAUCAAGGUUUUUAAUGAGGCAUCAAGUUCACUUACAUAUCUCCUAGAUGAUGUAUCAUGGGUGCAUCUCGGAUGCAUAUCUAUCUUAUGUUAUAUUUAGACUAUGGUUUUUAUUUCAUGUUUUUAAAUUUCGAAACUCUUUUUAAAAUUUGAAUAAGUCUUAGUCUUGUUUUUAGAUUACCAAGGGAGCCUGUUCCCUUUAAUGAAUUCGAGAAGUGGAGCCUGUUCCAGCCUUCUCUAUAUAAGCUUGUAGCCGACUUCUUUUAUCAUUAAGCAAUCUUUUUAUCAAAAACCCUUUUCUCUCUUCUCUCUUGUCUUUGGCGAGUUGAAGUGUGUCUGGUGUGUAAUAUCCAGUCUGUUGGUGUGUAAUAUCCAACGCCCAAGGGAUUUAGAGAGGUGUGUCAUAUCCAAUCUAAGCCUAGGAGUAUCAAGAAGCCUUUCCGCAGCCUCUUGUGUCACCAUUCGAUCCACAUACCUUGAGAAACUUGAGUCUUUUGAUUCGUUUCUGCAAGGAUUAUCCCAUCUGUUCCAGAGCAUCAUCCUAGGAUUUCAUCAUGUGGUAUCAGAGCAACUCUGGAAGGGAAGUGUUCGAUUUUUCUCUCUGAUUUUCGUUUGGGUCUGUUCAUAUUCUGUCGAGUUUGAUCUGAUCUGUGUUCUUAGCGUUUAAAUCUGAUAAAUCUGUUUGUGUUUGCUAAAAACCUGUCGAUCUAUUCUUAUUCUCACUAGUUUUGAUUGAUCUAUGAUUGUGUUGUUGAGAUUUUAAUAGAUUCAAGCUUGUUGAUCUCGUUUCUGAUAAAAACUUUUCACAUUCUUGUUGCAGAAGUAAUCGAUUUGCUUGAUCUGUUUCUGUUUUGGAUUUUUGUGAUUCCGAUCUGUUCUUAUUGCUUUAAAUAUAAUCUAUCUUGUUUGGUUGAUUAGAUUUCGAAUUUAAUCUGUCUCUGUUUAAGAUUGAUCGAUCAUAUUGCGUUGGUGAAUUUUUCUGAUUAUCAAACUGUUUUAUUUGAUUUGCUUGUCGUUUUAAAAUUCAUCUGUUGUUAAUUCUGAGUGUUGUUUCUCUUAGAACUAGUUACUGGUUUCUGUUUUAUUUGUGUCUCAGGUACCAAUGGAGAAGGAGCACAAAGGAAAACAUCAGCCAAAGAAAAAUAGAGAAUGCUCAAGAUCAACCAGAGAUGAGUACAGGCAAAAAGAGUUUGAUCAGUUUGACAGAAACCGGAAGCAUGCUGUAUAUGAAUUUCAAAUCCCUCCAUUCCAUGGCAAGGCGGCUCCUGAAGCUUAUGCGAAGUGGGAAAAGAAGAUUGAGUUGAUUUUCAGUAGUCAACACUAUGCUGAAAGAAAGAAGAUUCAAAUGGCUACUGCUGAGUUUUGUGGUCAUGCUUUAAGAUGGUGGAAUCAGUUGAUAAAGUGCAGAAGACUUGAUGGAAAGGAACCAGAUGGCUUAAGCUGAGGGCUUUGAUGCGUAGAGAGUACGUUCCAAGACAGUACCACAAGGAAGUUAUUCAAAAGCAGCCUGAGACAAAGCUAUGUUCUUCAUUAUCAGUUCGGAAACAACCAGACAGCAAGAGAUCAAGUCCAUCUAGUAACCUGGUUUCAUCAAGCAAAACAUCAACCCAUUCCUUUGAAGAUAGCAUAAGGAAGGCAAUUUCACAAGCGUUUAGGGAUGUGGAGAAACAAUUUAAACAGUCCAAGACUAUAUCUCCAUCCUUAGAAGUACAGAACCAAGCGCCUUCCUCAACUGUCUCAGAACUCAAAGAUGCAGAACCAGACUCAGUUGCACAAUCAGACUUGGCUGCACCAGUUCAAGAAGAUCAAACCGAGAUUCCAACAAUCACCAUUCAGAAAGAUGAUCAACCCAUCAAGGACGACCUGAUUCUCUUCAAACAGGAUGUAAUAGAAGAGGAGGCACCCAUGGAAUCAAAAUCAGACAGUGGAGUAGAGCAUAUAUUUGUCACUGAUUCAAACGGUUUCCAAAGGACAUUCUUGGGUACUUUUCUCAUCAGUCCUUUUGUGUGGAACAAGACCAGAGCAGUAGAGCUUUCAAGACACCAACUGGGCAUGGAAAAUGUUGUAUUUGAGCCUGGAGGAGAGUUGUGGAAUCACAGGAACAAUCCCUUAGUGAUUGAGAAGAAAUCGGCAGCAACAACAAUUGUUUUUGGUGAUCUUUUACCCUCUGAAGCUAAAGGGAUGCACGUCUCAGCUCAGCAAGAGUUUCACUACGAAACCAAUUGGAGAAUGUUACCCACUCUUUCCUGGAUCCAACAAACCAGAAAACGCAGCAAAUGGCCUCCUGAUCAUCAAGAUAUUGUCAAUUCCGCAAAACAUAUCGGUUUAGCCAAAUUCUGUGAGCUGCUUAUAUCAGAUUGGGGUGGAAGGUUACAGUUCUACUUGUGGAAAACUGGAGCAUAUUCCAGCAUACUUAUCAUCCUUGGAGAGUGCUCUGCUCGUAGUAGAACCAGUUGGGGUAAUAAAGAGUUGGAAGCUGAUCAAAAUGCCUUGCUUCUUGAUCAUGUUAAGGUGUGGAAGCCACCAGAUUUGCAAAAGCUUCAAUACCAUUUCAGAGAUUGUCAAACCAAGAGUGGAGAUGGAGAUUUCACUAGAUUAAAUGGUGAAGUGAUUACUGGAAUAGGAGGAGAACUCAUGUUUUCUUCUCAAAUCAAGGAGAAACCACCAGAUGGACUCAGUCUACAUCAAUCUCCAAAUAAACCAACCCGAGGUCAAACAGUUCUGAGUACUAGAAUUUUCGAAAAGAGAGGCUAUAGUAAUGAUCAGAGUAUCAAGAAUGGAUCCUUGGCUAAAUUGGAGAUGCAACAAUCAAAUCUUGGAAGCUGUCUAGCCGCCAACUCUGACAUAGGAGCAGUCCGAGGAUCAUAUCUCAGCAACCAGAAGGAAUUAAGCAACAAACUCAACUGCAAUGGAAACUACACUCAUCAGGGUCUCACGUCGAACUGGAAUCAUGUCCAAAGCUUCUCAAAUGAAAGAGUUAUGGGUUCUACAAGACGGGUGAUUCUGUGUUUGCUUUGUUUGAAUUUUUCUGAGUAUAGAACAUCUCAAUCCUAUAUAUGGCGACCAGGUGAGCAUGCUAAGGUAACCAAUCAUGUUUUCAAGAGUUCUUUUAUUGAUUACACAGAUAUGAUGCACUUGUUUUUGUCAAAAGAGUCAUGUGCAGAUUAUAUGGAAGCUUUGAAGUAUGCAAAGACAAAGAACAAGCGUGAGGAAGACAAACGUUUCAAGCCGCCUGAUCUAAGCCUGGAGAGACAUCAGGACGUCACUUGCUUCAUCCUCAUCAAAGAAGCACCUCCAGAUGCAACAUACAAGCCAAAACCGAGAAAAGACAACUUUGGGAUAAGACUCUUACUCUAUGAUGAUUUUGCUUGUGUUAACUUGUCUUGUUUCAAUGUAUCAGGUUUAAGUAAUGCCUCAGGAGUGAGGAAAGCCAAAUGGAUCAGUCCUUUCUACCUAAUAGAACCAGUCAGCGACAAUGCCUAUCAAAGAGGCUUGCAAGGUAAGUGUAAUCUGAUUAUAAACUCUCAUGUUACUGACUUGGUCCGUUCUAUUGCAGGUAACACAGAUUUGAGGACAAAUCUUUUUGAAGUGGGAGGGGAUGAUGUGAUCAUGGAAAGCACCAAGGAAUGGAAUCAUGAACCUGAUCAUGGAGAGCUUGUAGCUGUUGAAGAACCUACACUUGAAGAAUGUCUGAGCCGAAAUAAAGCUUCUAUCAUCAAAGACAACUCGAUCUACAUUCAAGCUACUCUACAUUCAAGCUGAUCAUCAUCUAGGCAAGUAGCUUGUGUGUACUCUUUUUCCCUUGAUUGGUUUUGUCCCACUGGGUUUUCCAAUCAAGGUUUUUAAUGAGGCAUCAAGUUCACUUACAUAUCUCCUAGAUGAUGUAUCAUGGGUGCAUCUCGGAUGCAUAUCUAUCUUAUGUUAUAUUUAGACUAUGGUUUUUAUUUCAUGUUUUUAAAUUUCGAAACUCUUUUUAAAAUUUGAAUAAGUCUUAGUCUUGUUUUUAGAUUACCAAGGGAGCCUGUUCCCUUUAAUGAAUUCGAGAAGUGGAGCCUGUUCCAGCCUUCUCUAUAUAAGCUUGUAGCCGACUUCUUUUAUCAUUAAGCAAUCUUUUAUCAAAAACCCUUUUCUCUCUUCUCUCUUGUCUUUGGCGAGUUGAAGUGUGUCUGGUGUGUAAUAUCCAGUC